CCAUCGUCUGCUUUAUCAUUUACUAUUAUCAUUUACUAUUUCCUUCGUGUAGCUAUUAUUGUUUUUGUCUAUAACAAACAGAGAAUAUCCUACUCUCACAGUCCAUCCUUCUGGGCGACAAGAGUGAUCAUCUUCCCUCUUCUACCUGAGAGGCCCGAGCUCCCAUUCCCCUCAUCUCCACCCCCGCCUACGGAUACGAACAGACCAAGUCUCAAUACGAGAUUCUUUGUUCUUCUCCCAGCUUGGCCAGCUGAUUCUCUCAUGGCGAGAUAAAUAAAUUUGCGUUGUGAAAUGACAGGGGACCUACACAUCCGACAAAAUGACUCACGAGUUAAUGGCAUUAUUGCAAGAGCCCCUCCUCCAUCAUCGGAUCCCCGCACGCUAUCGGAGAUAUGCCAUGAGUUAAGGCAGAAAGUGACUGCCUUUCUCGAGCAAUCAACAGGAGACGAAUUGAUACGAAGAGUACAAUGUCAAGUACGAGUAUCUAUUCAAGUGAUAGAGGAAGCCUUGACACGGUACCGAUUAGAGGAGCUCUCUCUUUCAUAUAAUGGCGGCAAAGACUGUCUCGUCUUGCUGGUUUUGAUCUUGGCGUGUCUGCCGACAUUAGCUUCGUCAAACACUGGUGCUGCCACUCUACCCGAGUCCCUCCAGGCCGUCUAUAUCGUCUCUCCCCAUCCGUUUCCUGAAGUUGAAGCCUUUGUCAAUACUUCAGCGGCAUACUACCAUCUCCAUCUGAGCCGGUACAUGUUGCCUAUGCGUGAUGCGUUGGAGACCUAUCUCCGCGAGAAGCCUACUGUCAAAGCGAUUUUCGUGGGAACCAGACGGACUGAUCCUCACGGCGAGCACUUGACCCAUUUUGAUCCCACGGAUAAAGACUGGCCGCAGUUCAUGCGUGUGCAUCCUGUGAUUGAUUGGAAUUAUGUAGAUGUUUGGACUUUUAUUCGUCAUCUCCAUAUCCCUUAUUGUAAUCUGUACGAUCAGGGGUUUACCUCGCUAGGCGGAAUGACAGAUACACAUCCGAAUCCGGCACUCGCGCGCAAAGGGGAUGUCACUUCAUUUCGACCAGCGUAUGAGCUCACCGAUGACGAUGAGGAACGCUUGGGACGCGACAAGUAAAACAGGAGUCGUACAGCAAAUGGAGCUGUUAAAUAACUCCCUGGCCUGUAUGAAAUGCCCCGUAGCAGAAGCUGUCGAUAUGCAUAUCCGUAACUUGUUGUUAGAGGACGGAGAAUACGUGCUCCUCAUAUAAGUUUUGGGUUAUCUCCCGGCGGACACUCGCUAGAAAAAUCGGGAAUCAAUCUUUAGAAUAUAUUA